AUGGAAAAUGAUUGUGGCCGAUUUGUCCAAAAAUGCCAGGUGCAUGGAGAUCUGAUCAAAGUACCACCCCACGAGCUCAAUGCGAUGAGUUCCCCUUGGCCAUUUGCAGCCUGGGGCAUGGAUGUUAUUGGACCGAUUGAGCCUGCUGCCUCCAAUGGUCAUAGGUUCAUUUUGGUCGCCAUUGAUUACUUCACAAAGUGGGUCGAAGCUGCUUCCUACAAAGCUGUGACAAAGAAAGUUGUGGCCGAUUUUGUUCGCAACAAUUUGAUAUGUCGUUUUAGAGUUCCAGAGUCUAUCAUCACAGACAAUGAAGCAAAUCUGAAUAGUCACUUGAUGAAAGAGAUAUGUUAUCGCACCACAAUCCAAACCUCAACUGGAGCAACUCCUUAUCUAUUGGUAUACGGAACAGAAGCAGUGAUACCAACUGAAGUUGAGAUACCACCUUUAAGGAUUAUUCAGGAAGCUGGAGUGAGUGAUGCCGAAUGGAGAAUGACUCGCGCUUUCAACAAGAAAGUUAGAGUUCGAACAUUUAAUGUAGGCCAAUUCGUAUUGAAACGCAUUUAUCCUCAUCAAGAGGAAUAUAAAGGGAAAUUUGCACCUAACUGGCAAGGAACGUAUGUCAUCCACAAAGUACUAUCAAGAGGAGCUUUGGUUCUAGCAGAGAUGGACGGUCAGGUGUAG